UCUUUAGGCCCGAUGCCCCCGAACUCCUUUCAAAAGCCGGAAACGGCUUUGAAACGGGCACAGGAGUUGAUUCAGGUUGGGAAGGAAUCCGACGCUCUCGAUACGCUUCACGACACUAUCAAGGCACGCCGAUACAAGCAAUGGACGCAAACUCACGAACAAAUAAUGAUGAAGCAUGUGGAGCUAUGUGUUUUGCUCAAAAAACCACAUGUUGCCAAAGAUGCAUUGUUUCAAUACAAGACAUUAACUCAUCAGGUUGCUGUAAAAUCACUGGAGACGGUCAUAGAACAUUUCUUACAAAUGGCUGAGCAGAAAACUGAGGAAGCUCAGAAAACUUCGAUAGAGAAAGUAGAAGAAAUUGAUGACCUUGAUCAAGGCGAUGUACCAGAAACAUUACUUUUAUCCGUUGUAUCUGGCGCUGCUGCUCAAGACCGAAUGGAUAGAACUGUGCUAGCGCCCUGGCUUCGAUUUCUUUGGGACUCUUAUAGAAACUGUCUUGAGCUGCUACGAAAUAAUGCGCAGGUGGAGCACUUGUACCAUCGCAUCACUAGAAAAUCGUUCCAAUUCUGUUCGAAGUAUCAGCGACGUACUGAAUUUCGCAAACUCUGCGAACUCCUUCGUCUACACUUGAAUCAAAUACAGAAGCAUCAGUAUCUCGCUCAUGUAGUGAAGCUUAGCUCUCCCGAGUCGCUUUCUAUGAUGCAAGAAACUCGACUAUGUCAACUAGAUACGGCAAUACAAAUGGAACUUUGGCAAGAAGCGUACAGAAGUGCCGAAGACGUCCACGGCAUGAUGCAGCUGAGCAAAGACAAAGACAAACGUAUGGUAAAACCAGCUAGUUAUGUCAGUUACUACGAUAAGCUAGCUUUGGUAUUUUGGAAAGCAGGAAAUAGUCUAUUCCAUGCUGCAGCCUUGCUACAAAAGUUUAUUAUCUACAAGGAUAUGAAAAAGUCCUUUACCGCUGACGAAGCUCAAGAACAAGCCAGCCGCGUUUUGCUUGCCACAUUGUCCAUCCCCGAUGGCGCAGAUGCUCCAUCGGAUCUUACUCGUCACCUCGAUAUCGAGGAUCAGCAUCUCACCAAUAUAAGAUUAUUGUCCAACCUGUUGCGUUUGCCUAUUGCUCCCACUCGAGCAGGUCUGCUGAGAGAAGCUGCACGCCUGGGUGUACCGGAUGUGGCGUCAGAAUCCACUAAUGCCUUGUACAAACUCCUCGAGAAUAAUUUUGCCCCGUUGAGGCUUGCGCAAGAAGUAGAAGCCCAGUUGGUAAAAAUCGAUCGUCCUGACCAUCUUCAAUACGUAGAUGCGCUGAAAGAAGUUGUGGCAACGAAGGCGCUGAAACAGAUAUCUGUAAUCUAUGACUCAAUAAGUUGGAGUAGAGUGCAGAAGAUUAUUCCAUUUUACAAUGAAAUGGAGCUCGAACGUCUUGUUGUGGAUGUCAGCAAACAUCGAUUUGUCAAGGCUCAAAUCGAUCACCGCAGUGGCUGCAUACGCUUUGGCGCUGCAGACGUAACACUAGCUGGAGGAGUUGAUUUGGAAGAGGCUGACGGCUUUACAGGAGAUGAUACCCAGCUUGGUGUGGAAGGCAUUCGCACACAUCUGGAGUUGAUGUACAACAAGCUUCGCUCAACUGUUGAGUUACUUGAUGGAGACAAGCGUACUGAGGCUUUGAUUGCGAGAGUGAAACAUCAUGCGAUUAAUUACGAGCGUACAAAGAAUAGCAAGCAGGAGACCGAUCGUAUAUUAGAGCGUCGCCGCAAGAUUGAAUAUUACAAGGAAACAUCGGAGCGUGUAAAGGCUGAACGAUCACAGCAAGCUGCGGCCGAACUGGCGAAGCGUGAAGAGGCUAAACGUGCUGAAGAAAUGAAACGACUUGAGCAAGAGAACAUCGAAAGCGAACGAAGGCGAAGGCUCGCCGAACAGGAAGAAGUGCAAAGAAAGAUCAAGCAAGAUCAGUUGCGAAGGAUGCAAAAUACCGCCAUCUACCAAGCCAUUGUUCGAGAAAAGGGAGAACAAGUCUUCAAAGAUAUGGAUCCCGAAGCUGUGCUCAGAGAACAGAGGCAACGUUUGGAUAAAGAAAGAAUGGAGACUCAACGUCGUCUUCAACAGCAAGAUAAGACGUUUGACCACUAUAUACGUGCGCUUCACUUGGAAGAGAUGCUAGAAAGAAAGGCCGUUAUGAUGAAACGCAUGCAAGAAGCUCCCAAACUGCAUGAGAAUUACGAGAACAGAAGAAUACAGAAAGCCAUCGACGAUCAUAAUAAUGCCGUGCAGAUGUGGGAACGUCUAGAUGAGAUCCGUAAAGAAGCUAAAGACUGGAUUGCACUAGUCAAAGAGGAGAACGCAGAAGACUUUGCUAAAAAGACUGCUGAUUGGAAGACCAAGUUGAAUGCAGUAAGAGCCGCUCGUCUUCAAGAAAGAGCAGAGCAACGCAAGAAGGAACGACGAGAGAAGUGGGCACGGGCUAAGAUUGAUGAGGAGCGUCGUCGUCGCGAAGAAGAAGAACGCCAGCGUCAGCAGUUGAUAGACGAACAACGACGAGCAGCUAGGGAGCCUAGGGGACCAAAUAGGCGUGAAAUGGAUAUGGAUUCGAAAGCAAUGGCCGAUUCCGAUUGGCGUGGUGGAAUGCGUGAGCGUCAAGCUAUUCCGACCCGUCCAAUGCCGGGUCGCGAUCGUGAUCUAGGUGAACGUCCACCAAUGCGCGAACGGGAGAACAUCAUAUCUGAAGCCGAUAGGGACAGCUCUUGGAGGCGUGGUAUGAGUACAGGACCGGCUGCACCGCCACCUCCAUCGAGAUUCCCCGAACGUGAACGUGAACGUGCAACUCCUGCGCCAUUGACCAACGCAGAUAAAGACACAUCAUGGCGAAGCAAUCUGGCUCCUGCGCCUCCUCCACCUGCUUCAGAGACUACUCCGCCGCGUCGGGUUGGACCCCCUACUGGUGGCGCACCUGAAGGUACUUGGGCACGUGGUAAUGUUGUUAGAAAGGAUUCUGCAGCCGCGAAUGCUCCUGCAGCUACCAAACCAUCAGAAGGUAAAUUCAUCCCAUCGAGGUUGCGAAACCAGGCUGCACAACAAGGAGGAGUACCACCUCGAGACAUGGGACAGAACCGUGACAAUAGGAGGGUUGGUCGUGGUAUGGGAGCUGAGAACGAUACGAAUUGGCGAAGAAAAUGAUGGUUAUCUUUGUUGUUGGUUGGUUUAUAGUUACUUGUCUUCUCACCGCCUAUUCUUCGUACACAUCCUAUUAGUACUGUUAACUGUUGAUCCUUCGCUUAUUAAUCUAUUCAAAGCACGUCUUUUUUGUUGUUUUGUAUCAGCCGGUAGCGUUCGCGAGUGGUGUCAAAGUUCUAUCUGUUAGGUGUGCGUUUCGUUUUAUUUGAGAAAAGCUGUUGAAUUAAUUACAAUGUCUUUAUUCACAUUCAAUACAAAUAAAUAUCUGAUUUGAAUGCUUAAAGGGGGUUGAGAUAUUGUAAGAUUGAGUUGACGAUUGUAACUAUGUAUGGAAGUUCGACGC